UAUCACAGAAAUUCUAUCAGUGGCACCAAAAACAGCUUCGUUUUAUGCUCUUUGCUUCCUGUUUUUUUCCUGACUGAGAUUUGACGAUCACUCUGCAACAGGACAGCUCUGCAUCUCUGCUGCAACACAGGACAACAGACUUCAUUAUCUGGAGAUGGCCUCCCAGUGGCUGAUUUGCAGUACUUCAGUGUUGCUGCUUAUGGCUUACAUCUUACCAGCCGUCACACAAGACAUCCUGUCCUGCAGUGGAGGAGUCCCUGGGAUUCCUGGCAUACCAGGUGUCCAUGGACCCAAUGGCAGAGAUGGUCCUAAAGGAGAGAAGGGAGACCCUGGUGAGGCAGGUGAGUCUAUCAGGGGCCAGAAGGGUGAGAUGGGUCUGUGGGGCCCCCCAGGACGACCAGGGCUAAAGGGAGAGAUGGGUCUGCCAGGGCCAAAUGGAUAUCCAGGCAAACCGGGGGAGAAAGGGAGGCCCUUCAACCCCUCCAACCAACAGAAAUCCUUCUUCUCCUACAAACGGUUGAUACCACAAAUACCAGAUGCUGACACAACCAUCGACUUCAACAGUGAGAUUUUGCCCAAUCUGGAUGGACAGUUUCAAGGAGAACCGCUGACAAAUGGGACGUUCACAUGUGUCACCAAAGGCGUCUAUUUCUUCAGUUACCACAUUUCAGCAAAGAGCAGAGUGUGUAUAGCGCUGGUGAAGGGCAGUGAAAGUCACAUGAUACUAUGUGACUUCUCUGAGGGUUUCCUGGUCACCUCAGGCUCGGCGCUCCUGGAGCUGGAUGUGGGAGACACCGUCUCACUGCAGGCAACCAGGUACAACAACAUAGUGACAAGCUACAGCAGCACCAGCCACACUUUUACCGGAUUCCUGAUCUUCCCAACCGCCUAGAACUUCCGCUUGUGAUGACAUCAUAAAAUCAUUAACAUUUGGGACAAUGAAAGCAAUUAAAUAAAAUCUGGAUUUGUAAUAUAAAGAUCAUCCUGGUUAUCAUGGA